CUUAACCAAUAUUUAUAUUUAUAUUAAUUUAUAGAGCGAAUUAAUUUAAUAAUAAAUAUACUCACCAUUCCACAACCUUCACAAACACCAAAAACAAUAAACCAAACAACACACACCAACCAAACAACGAAAACUAUAAUUUGAAUAAUUUGUUCACAUUAACCACACAAACCAUUCACACAAGAUAAUAUUAAAUAAAAAAAAAAUAAAAAAAUAAAAAACGAAAAUGAGCAAAAUUCAAAAUUUCGAAGUACCAUCAGCAGUUUUACAUAUUAGAUCAAUUCCAGCAGGUACAACUGAGAAUGAUUUAUUUCAAAUUACAUUCGAUCAAUCACACAAAUUUGGAAAAUGUGUUUCAGUUAGAUUAUUAGAAAGAUAUCACCAAGCACUUUUAGAAAUGGAUUCAAUUGAUUCAGCAACCAGACUUUUAAAGUACAGUCAAAAAAAUUCAUUACUCUUACAUGGCAAACCAGUUCAAAUUUCAUAUUCAAAGAGUCAAACUAUUAAUCAAUCAAACUCAUCAUCACCAAUUCACUCACCAGUUAACAGCUCAAGUCCAUCAUCAAGUUAUCACCCACGUGUUAGUUCACCAACUUAUACCACUACCUCAUCCUCCUCACAACAAAAUGUUUUCCCAUCAUCACCAUCAACUCGUAACCAUUCAUUCCCUUCAUCACCAUCAAACAAUAAUAAUAAUACUACUACCAAUAAAACAAGUAAUGGCAGUAGCAAUACACCACCAAUUCCAGGUUCAGUUUUAUUAUGCACAAUUGAAAGUCAAGCUAAUCAUUCAAUUACUAUUGAUCAUCUCUAUCAUGCAUUUUCAUCAUGUGGUGAGGUUUUAAGAAUCGUUAUGUUUACUAAAAACAAUUUACAAGCUCUCAUCGAGUUUUCAUCAGUUGAUAAUGCUCUCAAUGCAAAGAAGACACUCUUUGGUCAUGCUCUUUUCCAUGGUGGUCAAUGCAAACUUAAAUUAGAAAUCUCCAAAACUGAUCGUCUUAAUAUUACACAAAAUACUGAUAGAGCUAAAGAUUAUACUAAAUCAUCCACACCUUCAUCACAAUCACCAUCCUCAUCUUCAACUACAUCAUCAUCAUCAUCAACACCACACCACCAACAAACCCAUCAUCAUCAAACACCAUCAUAUUACCAAUCACACCGUAGUAAUGAUCACCACCAUCAAUCACAUCAUGGUGGCAAUAACCAUUAUAGCCAACGUGGUAAUAACAGCAAUGAUCAUCACCAUCACCAUGCACCAACAAGUUAUCAUCAACAAACAUCACACCAUCACCAUAACCCACAUAAUAGAACUACAGUUUUAAUUGUUCAUGGUCUCGAUGAAAACAUUAUGACCAUCGAUCGUAUUUUCAAUUUAUUUAGUGUUUAUGGUAAUGUUCAAAGAGUUAAAAUUCUUUCAACUAAAAAAGGUGCAGCAUUGGUUCAAAUGGAAGAUCCACAACAAGCAGAACUUAUCAUUAGAUUCUAUCAUCAAAUGCCACUCUUUAAAGAUACUCUUCAAAUCACUUAUUCUAAACAUCUAUCAAUUACAGACUCACAUAACCCAGAAUCUCCAUCUCUUUCUAAAAACUUUUCAGAUUCUUCAUUACAUCGUUUCUCACAUCCAAUCAACACUUAUAAACACCUCUACAAACCAUCACAAACAUUAUACUUUUCAAAUGUACCAAAAGAUUUCACAGAGGCUAGUUUCAUCCAACUUUUACAAUCACACAACUUACCAAAACCAAUUGGUUUCAAGAUUUUCUCUACUCAAUUAUUAGGUGGCUCAGGUUCACCAACUACUACCACUACAUCUACUACCACUGCUACUAGUUCAAAUACUACCGCAUCUGUAUCACAACCACCAGUUGCUAAUGGUACCAAUGCAGCACAACCAUCAUCUUCAACUUCAUCAAGCACCCCAGAAAAUAAGAAUACAGAUAAAAUUGUUGGUCUUUUAGAGUUCCAAACCCAAACACAAGCAGUUGAAGCCUUGGUUUUAUUAAAUAAUUUAGUUCUUCCAAACUCUAAUUAUUCACUUCGUCUUUCAUUCUCAAACUCUACCGUUUUACCACAUCCACCAAAAGUUAAUUCAAACCCAAAUACCCCAAACAAUAAUACUCCAAAUAAUAACAUCAAUAAUUCACCAUCAACCCAGUCACCACAACCUCAACAAUCAUCGCAACAAUCACAAGCAUCACCACAAACAAAACAUUUUUAAAAUAAUUAAUUAAAAAUUUAAUAGUUUAAUUAUUAAUUAUUUAAAUUAAAAAAACAAAAAAAAAAAAAAAAAAAAAGAAAAAACACUCAUAUAAAAUUCUUAAAAUUAAUUAAUUCAUUAAUUAAUCAAUAUAACAAUACAAAAUUAAAAUAAAAAAAAAAUAGAUUAGUUAAAAAUAAUUUUAACUUUUAUUAAUGGCAUUAAUAAAAUAUA